AUGCGCAACCAGAGACGAGGAGAAUCUCCCAACGGGCGCUGUAUAGUUCCUUCGCGGGACACUUUGCUGCCCAAAGAAACUCGGACCCUUGCAGGAAACCGGGGGAGAGGAACGAAAGCCUUUGGAAUAGAGGACAUUGUGCCAGAUCACAGAGUUGUUGCACAAAUUGGACACAAGCUUGCCCUAAGCUGCCGCACAACCGAUUGUGAAUCCCCGUACUUUUCCUGGAGAACCCAAUUAGACUAUCCAUUAGGUGGGAAACUGAGCCAUCAAGGAAAGAGUUCAGUUUUAACUAUACAGUCUGUUGGAUUUCAACAUGAGCACCAAUAUCUCUGCACUGCUGUUUGCAAGCAGGGUGAACCGUCCAAAGAAAAAGCAGUCAUGGUUGACAUUUACUCAUUCCCCAGUGAUCCGGUUAUUGAGCUCAAAAGCCCUCUCAUUCUUGGGCAACCUGCUUCUGUCACCUGUCGUGUCCCUGAGGUCUAUCCUUCUGAGCAGUUGAUGAUCACUUUGAUCAAAGGAAAACUAACUGCUGAAAAAGAGUUUUUUCAAGACCCUCAUACAAAAUCAUUGCAGACCAAGAACCUGAAGGUGGAUUUCAUUCCUACCGAGGAAGAUUUUGGGAAAGAGAUUAUAUGUGUAGCUGAGCUGUCUUUAGAGGACAUGGUUCUGGCGCCCAGGCAGGCUACGCAUGUGAUGGAAAUAAACUAUGGCCCACGGAAUACUAAAAUCGUGGCAUUUCCAGGCAACACUGUACUAGAAGGAGAAGCACUGAUACUUACCUGCUUGACUGAAAGUCAUCCUCGGGCUAGUUUUGUCUGGAAGAAGCAGCUUCCUGAUGGACUGGCCCAGAAUAUUGCAGAAAAGUACAACCUCUCUAUCCCAAAUCCUCAGCCCUCUGACUCUGGAACCUAUACCUGUGAAGUCACCAAUGAAAUUACAAGUGUAGUGGAGAGAACAUCGCUAUAUAUUUCUGUACAAGCUUCAGUCUUUUCAACAGCCGCUUCAACAUUAACCACCCCAUCCGAAACAACAGUAUUAACCACCCCAUCUGAAACAACAGCAUUAACCACCCCACCUGAAACAACAGUAUUAAGUACUCCAUCUGAAACAACAGUAUUAAUUGAAACAACAGCAUUAACCACCCCAUCUGAAACAACAGUAUUAACCACCCCAUCUGAAACAACAGUAUUAACCACCCCAUCCGAAACAACAGUGUCUUUUACAUCAGAUGCAGCAUCAGAAACUACAAUAUCGGUUAUAUCUCGUGCAACACUGAAAACUUUUUUGUCUACAGCAUCAGAUAUAGCAACAUCGGAGUUGAUUACAAUGUCUUCAUCAGAUACAGCACCCAAAAUAAUUACCUCCAUGACAUCACAUGCAGCACUGAAAAACAAUACAGCUGUGCACCUGGUGGAUGCUUCUACUGAUGACAGAAAUAAUACAGAAGAGAUCAUAAUAAUUGCCAGAGUUGAAGAGCUGGAGUACGUGACUCCUGUAAUCAUCGUAGUUUCUUGUUUAUCCAUAGUAGCAGGUCCUGCAGCUGCCAUAUUUAUUUACAUUUUUAGAAAGAUGAAAAUAAAUGGAUCCUACAGUCUUGCAGACUCACUUAAACCAAACAUAUAAGUCCAUUAACUGGAAGUAAUUAGACAGUUUUAAAAGUUUACCAACUAGAUGAGACUGGACCUUGCUCAGAAUCUUGGUUGAUCUUUCUCAUCACAACUCGGUGUAAGAGGAAUUGAGCUGAUGUGCUUUGGAAAGGAGGCCAACCAAAAUUAGGCCUUUUGAUGGAAACUGGUCUCUUGGGUCAAGACUCUGUCUCCACUCAGUGUCUCCAUUCAGCCAUAAAGUGAUACCUUGGACUAAUCUAUAGAUAUGUCUCUAAAUCAGUGGUCCCCAACUUUUGGGGCACCAGAUAUCGGUUCCAUGGAGAAAGGUUUUUCCAUGGACCGGAGUGGGCAUGAUUUUGUGUAUUGCCUGCAUCCCCCAGGUGGGGCUUCCCUUGUUUGCAUGGCCCAGUUUCUGUCAUGCUGUGUCUGGUGCCGCUCCAUGGACUGGGAAUUGGGGACCCCUCUUCUAAACUAUGCUUUCAUUUUACAAUAUCAACUUUCAUGUGCAAUACGAGCCAAACGAAACCUGCCUUUCUUUUUGGUAGUGCCAGACUAACUUUCAGGCUUAUCUACCUACUCAACGAAGUAGUUACUUAUGAGAAUAAAGUGAAAUGCAAUAGGGUGGGCUAUCCAGAGAUCCUUAUAAAUGGAUGCAAGUCAUGCAAUAUGAACAGUUUAUCAACAGAAGAGGAGUAGCAUUGCAGUGUAGCACUGAUUAUGUUACCUAGUUGGGUAAUGAAAUGUCUGCAACAAAACAAGCUCACAGAGCACCAAGGAUCCCACAUGAACAGCUUUGUGAAUACAAAAAGGUCUAUUUGCUAGCUUUAGGAAAAUAUAUUUCUUUGUUUGGCAAAAUGUCCAUAAAGCUCCACUUUGCAAUGUUUUUGUGCCAUUUCUGGAUCAGUUUACUGCACCUGUGAGCUCCUGCCAUCCUUUUAUUUCAACAGUUAAACCUCUUUGCUUCUGUGCAAAGUGACAUGCUGCGUGGAUAUUUAGUUUUGUUUUCUUUAUUGCUCCUGUAUUUUGGUGUAGGGACUUUGUUACUCCAGGCAGUUCUCAACCAAGCAGUGAUUUUUGCCCUUUGUUCUAGAAGACUGGUCAUUUCCAAACUGUUUUUGAAGGAUUGGACAGUAGAAAUGUAUGUAAAUAUGCUGUAAGAUAUAUUAUAUAUUUCUUGUAAAUAAUGUAUCAUAUUCUGAACAUAUGUGUUAUGCCGAGGUGGGAUACAAUUGGAUAAAUCUACAAUAAUAUAUGUAUUUUGUAUAUAGUACUUUUAACCUGCAAGUAGCAAAUACAAAAUUGUUCACUGCUACUUGUGAAUAAUUACAUGAUAUUCUGAAGGUUUUCUUUUCAGAAUGGGCUUAAUCCUGGUGGAACUAAAGCAUUUCAAAGACCUGCUGAUCUCAACAAAAGGGGAUUUAAAAAAUGCAUUGUAUUCUGUUGAAAUUGGUUAAAUGUAAAAAGUGUUUAGCUUUGAUGGGUUGUUUCGGUAUAAAUAGAUGCUCACACCCUCAUGUUUGCAAUGCCACAAAUAGUGUGGAGGAUAGAGUACAUACAGUAUACAGUUUUAAGGUUCUACAUAAUAGUGAAAGUUAAUUUUUUUGAGAAAUAUUAGGAAACUUGAAAGAAGACCAUGGUUUCCUGGAAUCUCUAGGGAAAGGAAGUAACAACAAUUAAACUGGUAAUAACACUGACAUAUAUUCAUAGUAUAGAAAUGUCCCAUUACUUAGUUCUAGAUAUCUGAAUAAAAUGGAAGGUACAGUCUUAUAUACAAUUAAAGUAGGGCAUGAGCAUCAUUGUAGAGCUAAAACUCUAUUUCGAUAUUGUUAGCUAUAUUAUGAAAGGAAUGAUUUGUACACUCCAGAAACAAUUGCAUUUUAAGUUCUAUUCCAAGGUUAUAACCUAAUUU